AUGGUUUGGGACCAGUUGUCGAUUAAUCGACCGCACCUGGUCUACAUAAUACUAGGAGGCUUCACCAGUAUAUUCAUGCUGGUUUCUCUCUACAUAAAGGAAAAGCUCUACAUUGGUGAAGCAACGGUAGCCACGCUUUGUGGCUUGAUAUUUGGGCCACACUCGGCCAACCUCAUUAAUCCACUAACAUGGGGGAACACAGACCAGAUCACCCUGGAGUUCUCCCGAAUAGUUCUGGUGGUCCAAUGCUUUGCUAUUGGUGUCGAGUUACCGAAGGCGUACAUGGAGAGGCAUUGGCUUUCUGUCGUGUUACUGCUGAUUCCGGUCAUGACAUUCGGAUGGCUUAUCACAAGUCUCUUUGUCUGGUGGAUGAUUGUGCCAUUGACGUGGCUUGAGUCCCUGUGUGUCGCAGCUUGUGUAACAGCUACAGAUCCAGUCUUGGCCUCCUCGGUCGUAGGCAAGGGCAAGUUCGCAAAGCGUGUGCCCAAACACAUCAGAGAUCUCCUCUCUGCCGAAUCUGGAUGCAACGAUGGCAUGGCUUUCCCCUUCAUCUAUCUCGCUCUCUACCUCAUCCAUUACCACCUGGAUGCCAAGCACGUCGCCCAACAUUGGUUCCUUAACACGAUUCUGUACGAAUGUAUCUGGGGAGCUGUAUAUGGUGUACUUAUCGGCUACAUAGCUCGUCAUGCUAUCAAGCUCGCCGAACGCAAAGGUAUCAUUGACCGAGAAAGCUUCCUCGUCUUCUACUUCGUUCUUGCCCUGUUUUGCGCUGGUUCAGGGAGUCUGCUGGGUAUGGACGAUUUGCUGGUAGGCUUUGCGGCUGGCGUUGGCUUUUCCAACGAUGGAUGGUUCACAGAGAAGACAGAGGAGUCUCAUGUUUCUAAUGUUAUCGACCUGCUGCUUAACCUGACAUAUUUUGUCUAUUUGGGCACCAUCAUACCAUGGGAUCAGUUCAAUUCGGGUCAACAUGGUCUAGACGCAUGGCGACUGGUCGUCAUCGCCAUCUUGGUUAUCUUCUUUAGGAGAAUACCUAUUAUGCUUAUGCUCAAACCAAUCAUACCCGACAUCAAAACGUGGCGGGAAGCACUCUUUUGUGGACAUUUCGGUCCCAUCGGGGUUGGUGCUAUCUUUGUGGCCAUCCUUGCACGAGCAGAACUGGAGACUAAUAGUACUACUCCACUGGCUGUACUUCCUCCGCCUGAGGACGCUGAGUACGUGCUGAUUUACACUAUAUGGCCUAUCACAACUUUCCUGGUCAUUACCUCGAUUGUCGUCCACGGGUCGUCCAUUGCGGUCUUUACUCUGGGCAAGCGCAUCAACACUCUAACCCUGACCUUGUCAUACACCACGGGUAAUGAAAAAUCAUCGAAUUGGAUGGAACGGCUUCCACGAAUCGCAUCUCGUUCUAAAUCACAAGGCAAAUCUAUCUCUUCUGACUGGUCCGAGGAUGAGAAAGCUGAGUUCCCACCCGGUCAACUGCCGCCUAUUGGUGUACCAAAGUUGGCUCUACGACGUCAAAGGGAUGAAGAUUAUGAGAGCGAAAAGCCGGUUGGACGUCCUGGCGUCAGAAGCCGGAGCAAACGGAGAAAGAAGAAGGGUCUAGGAGCUGGUGGACCUAUAAGCGACAGUGCUAUUGCUCCCCAGCGCAAUUCUGACUCCGUACUUGGACGACAAGACUCGGGUCUAAACACUCCGGAUGACACCUCAAGGAGGCCUUCAGUUCACCACCUGAACUCAGAGCAAGAAAGAAGACUAGUGUCUCCCGAGUCAGACCCUGAGACUUCUCGAGCUAGGGCGAGGAGCGAAAAAGAGACAGGAAAGCGCGAGCAAGGAAGUGACUCUGACGAUGGCAAUGUCGAUCUUGAGACAUUUGACGAAGGAGAAGAUCUGGUAAUAGAAGAUGAAGAAGGCAAUGUGAUCGAAACCGUCGAUGUUCGAGGUAAGACGGAGGAGGAAAAAGCUGCUUUAGUAGAGGAAGCCAGGUUGAGGUUGAAGCGUGAUAAAAGCGGCAAGUACACCAAACACAAGCAUGAACCCCACCCAAGGACAGAGGGUGAAGAGAUUGUCAAGACUGUUUCCGACACUGUGGAACAUCCUGAAAAGAAUUUCCGUAGCCACUUCAAAGGCUGGAAAGGGUUUGGUAAGAGUGGCAAUGCCGAUAAAGAGGAUGCUGCAAAACAGCAGGAACGUAAACGUGGUCCAGCUCACGCUUAUCAAUUUGGCAACACGAUUAUUGUCGAAGAUGAGGAUGGUGAGGUCAUCCACAAGUACGACAUUCCUCGAGGUGACCAAGAGCCGAACAAGUACAACGACUACAUGCGCAGAGGUGUACAAAGAAUGGGUACCUGGGUUGGCACUGGUCGGAAACCUUCACAAGCUGCAGUGCCUACAACCGAAUCGCAACUGAAGGCAGACGACGCAGAAGAUACUUCAACCACAUCCCCGGAGAACGACAAACAAGAACAUGACACCAGUAACCCCGUCGCUCCAGCACCCAAGUCUAAAAAGCAACAGCCAGCGCGUGCAGAGGCUGGUCUUAAUGACGAUGGCUUACGCAUAGCCAUCUCAAAUGCUGAGCAGUACGGGUUGACAGGUUUGCGCAAGCCUAAAGCGGGCGCACGUCCGGGCAUGGAUACAGGCAAUCGACGCCUUAGUGCAGUCGACUUCAUCAAACAGAUGCAGCAACUUGACAGACAGACUCGGCAGCAGGUGAUGAGCGAGGCUGGAGUCGGUAAAGACAAGCAGGAAGGUAUUAACCGGGUAGUCUCACGUGAGGAACCAGGAAGUGCCCACGAUCGACCACGAGCUCCAGCGAGGUCAGGCACUCUGCCAAAUGCCACCCAGGCGUCUCCGAUCGCUGAAAGGGAUGCAGAAGAAGGAGAUGUCGCCGAUUACUUUGCCUUACCGCGUAAUCGAGGACGAUCUCAGUCCGGUGCCAAGACUCGUUCAUCCGAGCCUAAGAGAACAGAAACUGCCAGAUCCGCAACAGAUGCUGACUCGGACGAGGAAGACAUCCCAACGCACAACGUUCGUGCCUCCAUCGCUCGUCAUGGAGCUGGCAACCUCUCCUCCGCUAACGCUCGCCGAGAGCGCUUCAACACCACUUCACAGGCCGCACCACGUAUUGACGAGGGCGAGGAAGAAGAAGACGACAAUGAAGAGACCGCCGCCGAGAAGCGGCGUCGACUUGCUGCAUUAGGACUUGGCGGUGGUGAUGAAUCUGACUCUUCCGACUCAGAAGCGGAGGAAGCACCUCGAGUGAAAAAGACAGCAGUGCAAGAGCCUGGGCAGGAAGAUGUAGCUCCACCCUCGGCCGCAACCACUGCUGCCCCAAGGGCGAGGAUACAGUGGGGUGGUGAGAGGGGACGAGAAGGAGACGACGAGGAGAAGCAGGGAGGCGAGGCAAGUGAGAGUGGUGGCAACAGAACGGUUACAGGUACAGUGAGCAAAAAGCUUCGAGGAUUGUUGAACAGGUAG